AUGGGUGUCCCCCACCACCACCACCGCCACCACCACGACCCGCUGCACUUUGCGGUGUUUCUCAUCAUGACGAUCGUCGCCACUGUGCCGGUCCCUUGCUGCUGCCAAACAGAGGGCCUAGCCGCCGCCACCUCCGCCACGCCGUCCGCGAACGCGCCCGACGCGGCACGCUGCGUCUACUCGUUCGCGGUGGCCAGCGCGCCAGACGUGCGCUGCGCCGCGACUCCCGACUCGGCGGAGCUCGCGGGCAUCCUGAGGCGCCUCUCACGCCUGGAGGCGGCGGUGAUCGGCCGAGUCCGUCCCGACGACGACGGGAGCCACGGGGAGAGGGACAGGGAGAGGGACAGGGAGAGGGACAGGGACAGGGAGAGGGACAGGGACAGGGACAGGGACAGGGAGAGGGACAGCGAGAGGGACGCCAGGGGAGAGCGGCGAGAGUUCCAGAGGGAAAGUUUGCAGAACGACAGGGACAGGAUGCAGAGGGACAGGGACGUGAUGCAGAACCAGAUGGAGCGAAUGCAGAGGGACAAGGAGAGCUUGCAGAAGGACAGGGACCGGCUGCAUGCGGACAAGCUGCAGCUGGCGAGGGAGAACGCCGAGCUGGAGAAGAGGGUGGUGGUGCUGACUGCAGAAGCGGCGCUGCUGAGAGCCAAGUCCGAUAUCAGACACGGCCCUGACACCCACGUGACUCCAGUGCUGCAGAGGAUGAGUUACGAUGAGGUGCGCGCGGGCCACUUGAAGGUGCAGCCGUUUGGAGCCCAUGCCACUGGAGCCAGCGAGUCCUGGGUCUGGGCUGCGGAGCCCACGGCGGUGACCGCUUUCAUUCAGCAGGGCGCCCAGGACCGGCAGAGCGGCCAGAUGGAGAACUUGGCGGCAGGGUGCGGCGUGGUGGUCGGAGUGAGCGAGCCGGAGACGCGGCGCACUGCGGAGAGCCUCGACGGGAAGUACGGCGCGUGGAUGCGCGACCCGAGGCCCGUGGAGCCGUUCAAGCCGGGGCUCGUGUGGGCCCUCUUCACGGUGGGCUCCAACGUGCGUCAGCUGUUCGAGUACGAGGACGACGAGGGCUUCCGCAAAGGUUACCCGCGCAAGGUGUACGCUCUGCCUUACGCCGUAGCAAGCACGGGCGCCGUGGUGCUGUCCAACUGCCUCUACUACCAGCGGAGGAACUCGCGCCGCCUGCUGCGCUACGACAUGACCGCGGAGGCGGUGCUGGCCGAACGCGACCUGGAAGGCGCCGGCUACCACGGCCACUACCCCUACUCGUGGGGCGGCUACACGGACAUCGACCUGGCCGUGGACGAGGAGGGCCUCUGGGCCGUCUACAGCACGGCGGCGGACCGCGGCGAGAUCGUGCUGGCGAGCCUCGACCCGCAGUCGCUGAAGGUGACGAGGCGCUUCGAGGUGCGCGGCGUUCGCAAGAGCUCCGUGGCCAACGCGUUCGUGGCGUGCGGCCGCCUCUACACGCUGAGCAGCUACGCGCAGCGGCGCGCGGCGCUCAACCGCGUGUUCGACACCCGCACGGGGUCGCUUGCCUCCAUCGCCGUGCCGUUCACCAACCGCUACCAGUACCUGGCCAUGCUGGCGUACAACCCGAGCGAGCGCCGCCUCUACGCCUGGGACAACUACAACAUGGUCACGUACAACGUGACGUUCGCCUGACGUUCGCCCGCCGUCGCCGUCGUAUUUUUUUGCGGGCGCGUGCUAGGGUUGCCGCGAUAUGUUUAGAUGCAAAAGAAAAAAAAUAAUGCCUUGAUGUACGACACUCGUUCCAAGGGCCGUCCUCGUUGUCGUGGAAGAGUAGGCCAAAUACCACUCUGGCGAAGGAAGGGGUCUAGAGUUGCCUCGAGUGGAGGCGCUUCUGCUGGCGAGCUACUGGCAGCGCUGCGCCUGUGACGAUGCCCUAAUCAAUGUUGGCGACGCAAUGAUCAUCGCGAUAUAAUCAGUGGGGCUUCUGGUGCUCGGUGUCACUUCGCUAUCUGUGACGCUUAUAGCGGACGCAUAAUGUUCUUUUCGUUCGGUCGCUACGUUAAUCGAUCGUUCAAUUAACGACGGCGGUUAUGACGUCAUGUAAUUGCCAUUCCGUUAAAGGGUCGUGGAUACAAAAAAAUUGUUUUUAGCAAAGCACCAAAUUAAUAGCUGAAUAUUAAUUCACAACAUGAACUACUUCGACGGUUCAGAGAUAGUUCCGCAAAAUAAAUCAAACGUUUAAUCAAAAAAAUAUUUCACGAUAAUCACGAUUUUCACCAACAAUAUCCCUCAAAACGGACGGCACGAUUUCCGCGGACCUUGCAUCGUACGGACACGUCGUAGAAUCGCCAUAUCGCGGACGACCCUGGUUGACCCGCACUGAGACGUGCCUCUUUGGGACAAAUUCGCGUUCGUAGGCUACGUGGACGAGGCCUACGAGGCUCGCAAGGAAUCGCGGGGUUCCUAGAGCCAGGUUGCCUCCUUGGGCAAGCUGCCAAACGGCUUUCAUUUCGUAAACAGCUCUCUGUCGUCUCAGCUCCGUCGGCGAUGUCUUCCGCUCCGCUUUUUGUUGCAUCGUUACGCGCGUGACGCGCGCUGAACUUCCUUCACACCGCACGUAGCCGACCGUGCCAAUCGGAGGAUGCGGGGGGAAGGAAAACGAAGUGGACACGAAAAUCAGUUCGAAGGAAAUGAUUAUUCCAUCGAGAUGAUUUAAAAGUGCACAGCUCCAAGUGGCUUCUUAAUAUCGGAAGGAAGAGCGUUUCAGACGGCCGCAGAACCGCAUCGGAAAGCGCGCGAUGCAAGUGACCACCGUCUUUGUUCGGUGGCUAGCCAAAAGCCGCUGUUGUGAGGAUGACCGGAGUUCACGUGAUGCUUUAUGCUACUCGACGAGACCCAGUAGCAUCAACCUUAUCUGCUGUUCUCGGAUUUAAUACGGUUGGCUAGGUACGGUGUGAAAGAAGUUCUACGUACAAUCUCCACCCAAAAAACCCCCAUUGUUUUUGCUCUGAAAGGCGUCUGGCCGGCGUGCAAGAGUAGGCCAAAUACACCCGAAGGCUUUUUACUCGGGGCCCCUCUAGUGGAGAGACCCUUCCCGCUAGCAGUGAGGGUGAGCGUGGCAUUUCAGGGCGGCACCAUUAAUCUUUACAAGGCCCAUUUCAGUCACAAGAAAGAGAAGACGACCACAAAAAACGCCUCCUAAAAUCCCGAAACCCAAUUUUGCCACGAAACCCAAUUUUAGCCACGAAAAUUGAGUUUGGCUCACCUGGCCGAAAUCCAACAGGGUAACGGGAAAUGAACUGCGCCGCCGAGAUGUGAAUCGAGUUUCGUGGCCGCUUUGAUAAUCAUCUACAGCACAGACAAAGACGCUGUCGGUGGCUCCCGCAGUGGGAGUUGUCCAGUUUACGAGACUCACAUCGAGCACCAAGGUUGUCGGACCCAAAGCCAACAUUUCUGCUCGCCCAGCUAAGUACAACUGCAGUCCUGGCCGACUCAUCAAUGGUCAGUUUUUUCAAUUUGCUGCGUUUCCCCAGACGAUUCGAGCACCGUACAAAUCUAUUAUAAUGUUAAGUGAAUAUUCAUGCAUUUCAGAUGGGCUUUAUUUAGGUCAGGAGUUGCAUUUAAUGUUCAUUUUGUUCUCAGAUACCCUUUCCCCAGAUCGCUCUAACACUAUAGCCACCGCUGCGCGAUAUAUCACGCAGCAAUACCGCAUUCUCUCGAUUAUUUGCGCACUGAGUACACCCGCACUUCAGAGCAAACAUCUAGCGACAGAAUAGCGGCUAGCGCGCUGCGCUACGAACCCGGCGAGCCCGAGUUCGAUUCCCGCUCACGGUCAACACCAGUGAACCGG